AAGGAUGAGGAUACUGAUCGACGACGACCAAAACGUAAACUAAUAAUUCAAAUUACAUUAGAAUUGAUACACAGUUCAACACUAUAUGCCGCUAAUGGGAAAAAAGCAAGGACAAACUUUAGAAAAUCCUGCUGCAAGGGCAAACAUUUACUCGGCAAAUGUAUCACAGAGCUGGUUGAAUGGAACCUUGAAAAAGGGCAGUAAACAACCACUGGAGGAGUCAGAUUUACACGAUGUACUUGAAAGGGACUCGACAUAUUACCUCGCGACAAAAUUACAAAGAGCCUGGGAUCACGAGGUGGAAACAUCAGAGGAGCCUCGUUUGUUAAUUCCAUUAAUCAAAGUUGCUGGUGUGAAGUAUUUUUUUAGAUUGAUUUUCUUAUUUAUCAAGUUGACCGCCGGUGUUGCUCAGUCAAUAUUUAUUGGACAGAUUGUGGCUGCUUUUUAUGUCGAUGGAGUUGAUAGAAAGAGCGGUUAUUUAGCAGCCACGCUUUUUACAUUGUGUGCCUUCGUGGAAGCAAUUAUUCAUCAUCCACUAUUCAUAGAAUUAUUGAGAACAGCAAUAGACAUCAGGGUCGCUUUGUCUGCCGUGGUUUACAACAAGGCAUUGCGAAUGAGCCAAGCAUCUUUGGGCUACACUCACACAGGACAUAUUGUAAACCUUGUCACGAACGAUGUUCAGAAGACUGAAGAAGCUGCCAAAUUUUGUUUGUUUCUGAUUCCUACACCAGUUCUUCUUGUCGUCACUUCUUACCUUUGCUGGAGAGAGAUUGGGUUUUCUUUUCUCCCUGGUAUUGCUCUACUAUUUCUUUUACCUGCUUUCCAGUCUUGGCUAGGGAAAUUUUUUGCUUCUCUCAGGGCGAAGACAGCGACUUUUCGUGACAAUAGAAUAAACCUGAUGAAUGAAGUAAUAUGCGGUAUGAGGGUUAUCAAGAUGUAUUCCUGGGAACAUCCUUUUUCCACGCUCGUUAGUAAUAUCAGAAGGAAAGAGGUCCAAAAAGUUCGGAAUACACUGAGACUGAAUGCUGUGAAUGCGAUGUUUUACAUGGCCACUAUUCCCCUAAUGUCGGCAGCUAUGUUUAUACCAUAUGUUGUUACUGGACACACACUUACCAGCGAAAAAGUGUUUACUGUUAUCGCUAUUGUUUCUUCCAUCAAUCAUAUCACCUCGAAGUUCGUACCAAAGAGCAUAACAGGCCUCAAAGAGAGUAGCGUUUCGUUGUAUAGAAUAAGGAAAUUUUUGCUUCUUGACGAAGGAUCAACGUUAUCAGCAAAUAAAAUUAAAGAUGAUGGAUCUAGUAUUUCUGUUGAAAAACUGCAUUCCUCCUGGAUUAAGGGUAGCGAUGAAGAAGAGAUCUUGUCCGACGUCAGUUUCAACGUGUCAGCGGGAAAACUGUUGAUGAUAAUUGGACGGGUUGGAUGCGGAAAGUCUUCGUUAUUGAUGGCGUUACUCCGCGAACUUCCGAUCACAAGUGGUUCUGUCCGUAUCAGUGGUCGUGUUGCUUAUGUUUCUCAACAACCUUGGGUUUUCUCUGGAACUCUCAAAGAAAAUAUCUUGUUUGGAAGGAAAUUUGACAAAACGAAAUAUGACGAAGUUAUACAUGUUUGUGCUCUUGAAACGGAUAUAAAGGCUCUUCCGGAUGGGGACAAGACAUUGGUUGGUGAACGUGGUGUAUCACUAAGUGGUGGUCAGAGAGCAAGAGUAAACUUAGCAAGAGCAAUCUACAUGGAUGCAGACAUAUAUUUAAUGGAUGACCCACUUAGUGCUGUUGAUGCGCAUGUGUCCAGGCAUAUUUUUAGCACAUGUAUUCGUGGUAUUUUGAGAUCCAAAGUUUGUAUUCUUGUCACACAUCAGUUACAAUUCUUGCCUGAAGCAGAUAGAAUAUUAUGUUUGCAACAGGGAGCAGUCAUCGGUUACGAUAACUUUGAACAUUUAAAGAAAGAAGGCAUUGAUAUUUUAUCUAUGAUUCAUUCUGACAAAGACGAUGGUCAGUCGUUUGACUCUGAAGCCAUAAAAAAACAAGACAACGAAGUCACCUUCAGGCCAAAACUUGCACGUCAUGCUUCGUACUCACCUGAAAAGAGUAGAAAGAGUAAACACAAUGGUUUUGUUCCAUUACGUAAAACACAGUCUGCCAAUGUUUCACGAAACGUUACUCAAGAUUUAGUGCACGACGAGAGAAUAGGGAUUGAAUUUAAACAGGCUGAUGAGAUCGAUAACAACGCCAAACUAAAAAACGCUUCGAGUAAGAAAGACGAAAAAGGUCGUAUAACUGGUGGUAUAAAAUUCAAUGUGUAUAAAGAUUAUUUUCUUGCUGGAGCUAAACCCUUCGCAAUAUUUCUGUGCUUCAUUUUAUUCUUAUCUUGCCAGAUGUCUCUCGUGAUAUCUGAAUGGUGGCUAGCGCAGUGGUCAGACUGGGAAGAAACCACAGUGAAUAAAAACAAUUCCUAUAGUAUCAUUAAAGAAGAACGCACUAAACAUAUAACAGUCUAUGUUGCUACAGUCGCAUUGGUGUUCCUUCUUUCAUUUCUAAGAGCUGCUUUCUGGUUUCAAAUAUUGUCCAGCGCAUCACGACACUUGCAUGAUAAGAUGUUUGAAGGCAUCCUCAGAGCUCCGAUAUAUUUUUUUGACACAAACCCGGUUGGUGUGGUUUUAAACCGAUUUUCCAAGGACAUAGGCUUAAUGGAUGACUUGCUGCCAUUAGUAUUCUUCGAUGCUUCUCAGUUUACUGUCUAUGCUAUCACAAUCCUUCUUUUAAGUGUGGUCUCUCAACCUUAUAUUGUUGUUGCCGUUUUGCCUACGAUUGGCAUCUUUAUUUGGCUGAGACAAUUUUAUGUUAAGUCGUCCAGGGAAAUCAAAAGAUUAGAAGCCUCAAGUCGUAGUCCUCUGUAUUCUCAUAUCUCCGCUACCCUUCAAGGCUUAGCAACUAUUCGUGCUUCAGAAGAGCAACAACAAUUCGCUGAAAUGUAUAACAAGUAUCAAGAUCGUAACACCUCUGGAAGUUAUUAUUAUUUAGCUGCCAAUCGUUGGUUGGGUUAUAGACUUGAUUUAAUUUGUGCAUCGUUAAUUACUAUCGUUGCUUUUGCCCCAUUUAUUGCAAACGAGGCCGGCUUAGGAGUGAAUCCUGUUCUUGUUGGUUUAUCUUUACUUUACGUGAAACGAUUGACCGGUAUGUUCCAGUUUUGUGUGAGACAAACUGCCGAAGUUGAAAAUCAGAUGGUGUCAGUGGAACGAGUACAACAAUAUACCAAACUUGACCAUGAAGCAGAUCUUGAAAUAUUAGAUUCCAAACCACAAGAGACCUGGCCAGAGCGUGGUCAAAUAACUGGUGAAAAUGUUUCUUUUCGUUAUCAUCCCUCCCUUCCUCCUGUUCUAAAAGGCAUCAGCUUUAAUAUUAAACCAAAAGAAAAGGUUGGGAUAGUCGGCCGUACAGGUGCUGGUAAAUCAUCGUUAAUAUCAGCCUUGUUCCGGCUUGCUGAACCGAAUGGUAUAUUAAGCAUCGAUGGUGUGUCCAUUAAUGAGAUAGGAUUGCAUUGUUUAAGAGAAAAACUAUCAAUUAUACCACAGGAUCCUGUUAUAUUCGCUGGUUCCGUUCGUGAUAAUCUAGAUCCAUUUUCUAAACAUAAAGAUAUUGAACUCUGGAAUGCGUUGGAACAGGUACAACUUAAAGAAUUUGUUGAUAAGUACCCCGAGAAAUUGGAAUUCCAGAUAACUGAAGCUGGCAAUAAUUUAAGUGUUGGACAACGUCAACUUGUUUGUUUGGCAAGAGCGAUAUUGAAACACAAUAGAAUAUUAAUUAUUGACGAAGCAACGGCCAAUGUUGAUGACAAAACGGAUAAAUUAAUUCAGGAAACAAUUCGGGAUAAAUUCAAGGAUUGUACUGUUCUUACUAUUGCACAUCGACUGAAUACCAUAAUGGAUGCUGAUAGGAUAAUGGUUCUGGACGCUGGUAGAAUUGUCGAAUUUGAUGAGCCUUAUGAACUUCUAAAGCGGCCAGACUCCGCCUUCUCUCUAAUGGUAACACAAACUGGAAAAGACAGUUCUCUUCAAUUACAAAGAAUGGCGAAAAAUGCGCAGGAUAGUCGAACAAAUCCAGGAACAAAUCGAUAGAAUAAACUUAGGUGUAUCAAUAACGUCAAUUACGGAAACUGAACAUUUGUAUUAAACUUCAGGCUCAUUGACUGUUUUUAAGCUUUUUGUCGUGUGAUGCGUGUCAAAGCCAGGGCGCUUAUACAUAUAAUGGUCAAAGCAGGGCGCUUAUAUAAGGGCGCUUAUACUUUAUAAGCACCCUGAAGCAAACCAUAGAAAUAGAGUGAUUUUUAAUAUGCGAGGUUUUUUCCUACUGGAAAAAGGUUGACGCGUCAUGCAACCAUGGUAACAGUAACCAUAGUAACGAAAUCAACUAAUAAAUAUGGCGGACGAAAAGGUUUGUUUUCAAUGUUUUAUUACUGAUCGUUGUAUACUUUCAGACUUUCAGUCUCUCUUUGACUGCAUUUUGAAAGAUCAAAGUAUAUUGAGCUACUUGUUUUAUUAUACAGGAUGUUUCGGAUGAGCCAAUAACUAAUACAGCUACCCGCUAUAAUGAUAUCACAGAAUUACAUUUCGGUGAACGGUAAGACUUUAUUUAGGAGAGAGCUACUAUUAAAAGAGAGAAGCUUCGUUGUCUGAAUUGCUAGAAUACCUGAAAAAUAUGUCAAGAGGCUCGACAUUUCAAGUAAAGGCCGCCUCUAAACAUCACUUAUUCAUUUAACUGAUCCAAAAUCCUUGUCAAUGAAUAUAUUAUCGCCUGUUGGACUUGAAAAUUUCUUUUUAAUAAUAGAAACUGGAAUUUCUUUACCAUUUCUUAAAAGUUACAACUGUAUACUCUUUCGAAAAUUCAAAAUUUUUACACUCCUCAGAAAUUCCCAUCAAUAUUGUGUGGAUGAUAAAUGGACCCAUAGCCCCACGAGUAGAGUAAUAAAGACCCUGGGUACGAGGUUGCCCAGGGUGGAUUCAGGGGGUAAAAUAAAAAUUUUAGACUACCAUUUACCUAAUAAUCAGAAACAGGGGUCAUAGCAAUAUUAUGCCCAUUUAAAGUCACAAAAUACACUACUUUGAUAAACAGUUCAGUUUAUGUCUUAAAAAUAUUUGGAAUGCAUUCCCCCCCCCCCUCCCCUAGGGCCUCCACCUCUGAUAGCUAAGCUAAGGUACUGUAUAUAUCACUAUUUCAGUCUUCCAGAUUGCAUGAGCCAAAAUCUACUCACAAGUCAUUAGAAUUAGAUAAAGUAGUUCUCUAAAAAACUCUGGUUAAAUACAUUGGUAUAUAAUUUUUCUCGUUUCAACGAUAUAAAAUUGUAACUUGUCUUAGUCCUUACUUUUUGAAAAUACUGAGUUUGGUAACCUAGGACAUUACAACAGCAACACACGAUUGACAGUUGUCAUAGGAGAAAACUAGGUGCAUAGAAAUAGUGAGCAGAUUUAUGCAGUACAAAACACCCCAAAUAACAUGGGACAAAUUCACUGUUAACAUGCACCCAGACUGAUAUCAGUCACAGUUUAACAGCUGUAUAAACUGUUUAGGAAAUUGGAGGAUAUUGGGAAUUUUGGCAAGUUUAAGAAUUUGCAAAGGCUGUGGUUGAAUGGAAAUAAGAGUUGUACCUCCAAGAUAACUUACUUGUGAGCAUCACAGGAUCUCUUCACCAUCUCACCGAAUUGCAAGUUUUGAUGCUGCAGGGAAAC